AUUUUCUUUUUCUUUCUCCGUCCACUUUCCUUCAUUGGAAGCUGUUUCCAUUUCCCCUGCAACUGGGUCUUUUAUAUUCAGUUGAUUUCCCUCACAAAAAAAAUUUUUCUUUUGAGGGUAAAGAGUUCCCUCCCCCAAAUAGUUCGUUGAUUUGUUAAACAAUCAAUUUUCUUACCGCCUUGGUGUUUCCUGAUUACCCACAAUUUGUUGUUUUCCUGUUUACAAUACGUUUUCUAUUAUAUUUUCCACCUAGAAAGAUCUUACAUAUAAAACGGAUAACUGAAAACAUUAUAUAAUCGCAAGUUGUUUUGAAUUUAAUUUCUUUUAAAAAAAAUUUCUCUGAUUCAGAAGCCGGAGCAAUGAAAACAGAGAUGUCGAAAACCUCCAAGUCUUCUUGGCCGAAGGCGAUCGUGAGGAAAUGGCUGAAUAUAAAGAGCGGAGCCGACGAGUUUCUUUCCGAUUACACCAUAAAAGGAAGCGAAAUCGAGAGAAGGAAGAGUUGUUCCGAUGAAGAUUAUUACGCCUAUGUACCGGAGAAUUUCUCAGAAACCUGGUUGAUGGAAGCCACCGACGAGCUUAAGCAACCGACAAUCUCACCGGAGUUGCCGCCGGCGAGUGAUACCCUUAACCUCAGGAUGUUUGUGGGGACAUGGAAUGUCGGAGGGAAGUCGCCUCAUGAAGGAUUGAACUUGAGAGAUUGGCUAAAAUUACCUGCUCCUGCUGACAUCUACGUUCUUGGGUUUCAGGAAAUCGUCCCUUUAAAUGCGGGCAACGUGCUCGGGGCAGAGGACGAAGGUCCGGCUGCCAAGUGGCUUUCUCUUAUACGUCAGGCUUUGAACAGAAACGAAAACGACCAAGAACUUUCUCAAAAUUACCCGGUUGCCACUGAAGCCGAAAUUCCAUCGCCGCCGUCCCAACCGGAGCAGCAGGCAAGCCUGAUGCUCAGGCCCAGCUUCUCCGACUUACUCUCCCUAGAAGAUGAACUUGGCAAAGAGGGUUUCGAAAAGUUGAUGACUUUGAAUUCGAAUACGAAUUCCGGUGAAGAACCAUCGACAAGCCCACGUUGCGCCUCCGACAGUCCCCUACGGCGGCGCUUCUGCCUGGCGGCGAGCAAGCAGAUGGUGGGCAUCUUCUUGUGCGUGUGGGUUCGUGUUGAUCUUUACAGGCACAUCAGUAAUUUGAAGGUCUCGUGUGUCGGCCGUGGUAUCAUGGGAUACCUAGGAAACAAGGUCCGUCAGCCGCCAUUACAUCCUAAUCCCAUUUCCACCCCCCCCCCCCUCUUAAGUUGUUUAUAGUGGAACACUGAACCAACAAUCUAAAUUCAUAAUUUUUAUGUUUGGAUUGCAGGGUUCAAUAUCUAUUAGCAUGACAUUAAAUCAAACAACGUUCUGCUU